UAGACCCCAUUCAAGAGGGGCCUAAUAAUAAUAAAAAUGGGGUCUGGAGAAAAGAACAAAAAGGUCGCCGUCGCCGGCGUCGCUUACAUUCUCUUGGUGGCUUGCUGCGUCUCCGGUCUCCCUGGUUUAUCGUUGAUCGGAGGCUCCAGUGACGGCGGCGCCGUUUCUAGUGACGGCGGCGACGUUUCUGGUUCCGGCGGGAUUUUAUCCCCUCUGGACAAAAUCGACGGCUUGAUUUCAUCCGCAACAAAGUCGACGAAAACCAUUUGCGCCCCGACGGAUUACAAGGAGACCUGCGAGAGGAGCCUCGCCGGCGUUCACAACAUUCACGACCCAAAGGAGCUUAUCAAGGUGGCUUUCACGACGGUGGUGGAGAGCAUCAACACCGCCAUUACCAAGUCGGAGCUUUUCAAGGAGGAGGUCGAGGGCAAGGAUCCCCGAAUCUCCGGCGCGCUCGACACGUGCAAGGCGGUGCUACAAUACUCCAUUGAUGAUCUCACCAGGUGUUUCGACAAGGCCGAGGAUUUUAAACUCACGAAAAUCGAAGAUUACGCUAAGGACCUCAGGGUUUGGCUCAGCGGCGCUAUAACUCACCAGGAAACCUGCAUAGAUGCGUUCGAGAACACCACCGGGAACACCGGUGAGAGCAUGAAACACCUCCUUAAAAUGGCGGGAGAAUUAACCAGCGACGGCCUGGCUAUGAUUACUCGCUUCACGGGACUCCUCCAUACCGUGAAAAUCCCCGGCCUCCAUCAUGGCCUCAAUCAUAGGUUGUUAGAAGGUGAGUUUCCGGUUGGAGACCUAACCGCCGAUCCGGCUUCCAUUAAACCCGACAUUGUGGUUGCCAAGGACGGGAGCGGACAAUAUAAGACAAUCAACGACGCUCUUUCCGCCGUUCCCGCCAAAAACAACCGCACUUUCGUGAUCUUCAUCAAGGCGGGCGUGUACAAUGAAUACGUGGUGGUUCCCAGGAAGAUGAACAAGGUUGUUUUCCUAGGAGAGGGUCCAACCAAGACAAGAAUAACCGGAAACAAGAAUUACAUCGACGGGGUCGGCACCUACCAGACCGCCACCGUGGCAAUCGAAGGAGACGGGUUCAUUGCACGGGACAUCGGGUUCGAGAACUCGGCAGGGGCGGAGAAGCACCAAGCCGUGGCCCUAAGGGUGUCAGCCGAUAUGACCAUGUUUUACAACUGCCACAUCGACGCCUACCAAGACACGCUCUACACCCACGCCUACCGCCAGUACUACCGCGACUGCACCAUCACGGGCACCAUCGACUUCAUCUUCGGGGACGCCGAGGCCGUCUUCCAGAACUGCAAGAUGGUGGUGAGGAAGCCGUUGGAGAAUCAGGCCUGCAUGGUGACCGCCCAAGGGAGAAAGGAGUACAACGAGGUCGGCGGCAUCGUCCUCCAGAACUGCUCCAUCCUCCCCGACCCUGCCCUGGAAGCUUUGAGCCCGCCCGUCAAAGUGUACCUCGGGCGGCCCUGGAAGGAGUUCUCCAGGACGGUUAUCAUGCAGUCUUACAUCGACGGGUUCAUUGCUCCCGAAGGUUGGGCUCCGUGGGAAGGGGACUAUGCACUGGACACCCUCUGGUACGCGGAGUAUGAAAACCGCGGGCCAGGAGCUUCCACCGCGGAUAGGGUGAACUGGAAGGGUUACAGGAAGAACAUUAGUCCAGAGCUUGCUCAGCAGUUUACGCCUGGAGCGUACCUGGACGGUGAUGAAUGGAUCAAGCCCAGUGGUAUCCCCUACGAAUCUGGGAUGAUGAAGGUGUGAAUGAACAAAUUAAGAUAUAUUCCUAAGUAGAUAGGUUACUUAAAAUAAAGGGUAACUGGAAGAUCGACGGUUUGACUUGUUCGCCGGAACUUUGUCCGAGGAUGGCUGGAGUUCGCCAAAAUUUAAGUUUACCUGCAAUUACAGGUAGGUUAAAGUGUUUAUUUGCUCCAAAAUAAUAAGUUUGAAAGCUUAGUUGGAGCUUUUUAAAGUUGAAUGGCCUAAUUACACAAUUUAGUACAGUUUGAAGUCUA